AUGGGUGACCGCCUCACCCAGCUUCAAGACGCGGUUGAUCAACUUGCGCAGCAGUUCGUGGCAUGCCUGCACUUUGUCCAACGGAGGCACGACCUCGAGACUCUCGGCCCGAAUGACAAGGUUCGCGACGCCAAGCAGGAGCCUCAUCAGAAAGAAGUCGAUCCGCUACCGCCGGACGAGUUUGCAGCAGGCCUGAAGGAGCUGUCACGGGAUCUCAUCAUCAAGGAGCAGCAAAUCGAAGUGCUCAUCUCCAACCUGCCUGGCCUCGACAACAGCGAGAGGGAUCAGGAGAGGAAUAUCAGAGACCUGGAAGAAGACCUGAAGGCGGCCGAAGCGCAGAGACAGGAAGCGUUGAAGGAACGAGAUCAGAUCCUGUUGCAUUUGGACAACGUCAUUCGAAGCAUACGGCGACCGUAG